AUAAUAUUUGUUGAGGUUAUUUUGCUUGUCCUUGCAUAUAUAUAUAAAACUGCUCCACCUUCAAAUACAGGAGGUCUACCCUCAAAUACAAGGGAGUAUCAGGAAGGAUUUUGCAUUCUAUGUAUGUGGUGGGGUUCUAAUCCCAAUCCCACCAUUAUUUCUAGCUGUAUAUACAACUAUACAAAUUUAUAAGGUGGUGGUAUGUAUAUGGAUUGGGAGGUGGAAAAGGUGUAGAAUUCAAAAAACCCUCACCCUGAAUCCACCACGUUGCCAUUGCCAUCAAGUUAAUGCCACGUUGAACUUUUUAUCCCAGAGCUGUUACACCUGUUGUAAGGCGUGUCAACAGCAGCAAUCUACACCACUAAAACGUGGCAAUUUGGACCAGUCCUAGCAGUGUUUUUUUAAAGACCAAAACGCUACGAGAGAGACGAAAGACAAAAAAAAAUGGCUGACAGAGGAGGAAACGCCGGAAGUUGUAACGACAGGUGCGGCUGCGCUUCUCCUUGCCCCGGUGGCCAUGCUUGCAGAUGUAGUUCCAGUGCAAGUGCGGGUGAGCGGGAGACACAGCAUAUGUGCUGCUCCUGCGGCGAACACUGCGGCUGCAACCCCUGCUCAUGCUCCAAAGCUGAAGUCUCUGGUUCUGGAAAGGCUUUCUGCAAGUGUGGUCAAGGUUGCACCUGUGUCACAUGUGCUUCCUGAUAACUGCCGAGACACCAGGGGAGAUGAGUUCCUAUUAAUACCCAGCACUAAGUAGGAGCUAGCAAGGAA